AUGUUAUCUUCUCUGCGUCGUCAAAUUAAUUUAAAAGAUCUAUUUCCAACUCGAUGGAGUUUUCUUAUUUUUAUCUCAUAUAUGGGUUUAUUUAUAAAUCAAGGUUUAUUAAUUACUGGAUCAAAAACAGCAACGCAUUCAUACAAUUAUAAUACAAUUGUUGUUGUUUUACUUACAGAAUUUGUCAAACUAAUAAUUGCCCUAACGAUUUAUCGACAAACUCAUUCAUUCAGCCAGAUGAGAAAAGAAAUUUUCGAUAAUCAAAGAGUAUUAAUUCUUUAUUUUAUUCCAUCGGCAUUAUAUUGUUUAUAUAAUAAUUUAUCAUUUAUAAAUUUAUCAUCUUAUGAUCCAACAACAUAUUUUUUACUUCUUCAAUUUCGUGUUGUUGUAACAGGAGUUAUAUUUCAAUUUCUUUUCAAUAAACGUUUAACACGUCUUCAAUGGUUAUCACUUUUUCUUCUCACAUCGGGUUGCAUUAUAAAACAAUUCGAACAUUCAUCAUUAUCUUCAUCAUCUAUCAAAAUCUCGAAUACAAAUUCAACAAUAUCUCAAUUAAAUAAACAAACUAUUUCGACCACACCUUCAUUAGUUAAUAUACAUCUCAUAUGGAUUCUUGUUCAAGUAUUUUGUUCUUGUUUUGCUGGUGUUUAUAAUGAAUAUUUACUUAAAAGUGAUCGAACAAAUCAAGUUGAUACAAUGUUACAAAAUACUUUUAUGUAUAUUGACUCAAUUAUAUGCAAUUUAAUAUUAUUAAUUUAUUUUGAUUAUCAACAACCAACAUUAUCAGCUAUUGAUAAAUUUUUUAAUACAUUAAAUUUAAUUCUAUCAGGAGAACAAUAUCUUAUAUUAUUAAUUAUACUUAAUAAUGCUGCUGUUGGAAUUGUAACAUCAUUAUUUCUUAAAUCAAUGACGUCUAUAUUAAAAACAUUUGCCAGUGCUUUAGAAUUACUUUUUACAAGUAUACUUGCUUGGAUAAUUUUUUCUAUACCUGUUAGUAUAUAUACAUUUAUUGCGAUAUUUAUUGUUUCAACUGCUGUUUAUUUAUAUUCAACAAAUCCUGUUGUUAAUUUACCUAAAACUUCUACAAUAAAUGUUCUGACAAAUUCAUCAAUUCAUAUUAAUAAUGAAGGUAUGAAUUCAAAACAUUUAAAUAUUGGAAAUGAACAAGAACGUCGUUUAAUUGUUUAA